CUGUCCCUCUCACAUCCAUCACCCAACUAUAAAACCCACUUUGGCUUCCUAUAGCCAACGUUUCUCGGUUGCAACAUGUCUUCUCAACCUGAUGCCAUUUCCAUCGCCCGUCUCUCCCUGCACGACCCCGCCCACUUCAACAUCCAGCACACCCAAACCCUCCACCGCCUAGCACUCCUGCAGCAUUGGAAUAUUCACAAGGGCUCAAAGAUCUUGGAACUAGGAUGUGGCCAGGGCGACUGCACGACUGUCCUUGCCUCUGCUGUAGGUGAGCAGGGGGAGGUGGUGGCGGUUGACCCCGCCGAAUUGGAAUAUGGUUCCCCUUAUACUCUCGGCCAAGCACAGAGCCAUAUCUCGCAAGGUCCACUGGCCAAGCAGAUUACUUGGGUCCAGCAAUCGCCCCUGGAGUACCUCUCAUCCAUUCCAUCUCCAUCAAUGACCGAGGCUAGACCGUUCGACGCAACAGUGCUCGCUCACUGCCUGUGGUAUUUUCCCUCUCCUAGUCUCAUCCUUGACACCUUCCGCGCUCUCAAGCAGUACAGCAAGCGCCUACUUCUUGCAGAAUGGGCAUUGGUAGCGACGGAACCUGCUGCUCAGCCUCACGUACUGGCUGCGCUCGCCCAGGCCGCGCUGGAGUGCCGCAAACCCACUAGCACAUCAAAUGUGCGCACUGUAUUGGGACCAAAGAGACUUACAGAGCUGGCUCUAGCGGCUGGAUGGCAGCUGGAGAAUGAAGUCCGGGUACCGAGUGGGGAGGGACUGUUGGACGGCCAAUGGGAAGUGUCCGCCUGCCUUUCGCGCUCCUUCGAAGAGGAGAUAGACGAGCAAGUGAGCGAUGAGAGGGAACGUGGGGUGAUUAACGCAUUGCGAGAUGCGUGUGAGGGGAGCUUAGAAGGUGUAAAGGGGGGUCGGAAAGGAGUUAAGUCGAUGGAUGUGUGGGCAGCUACUUUCGUAUAAUCGGCGAACGCCCAUAUGCAACUCUACCCUGCUACGUCCCUCUAGAGGCUUGAGAGACUUCUGGUACCGCUUGUAAUGGCAAUCGUUUCACACUCAAAUCUUGGGGUUGAUU